GGCCUGAGCGGGCACACCAUGAAUAGAUACACAACCAUCAAGCAACUCGGGGAUGGAACCUAUGGUUCCGUCCUGCUGGGAAGAAGCAUCGAGUCUGGGGAACUGAUUGCUAUUAAAAAAAUGAAAAGAAAGUUUUAUUCCUGGGAGGAAUGCAUGAACCUUCGGGAGGUCAAGUCUUUAAAGAAGCUCAACCAUGCCAAUGUAGUAAAAUUAAAAGAGGUUAUCAGGGAAAAUGAUCAUCUGUAUUUUAUCUUUGAGUACAUGAAGGAAAAUCUUUACCAACUCAUUAAAGAAAGAAAUAAGUUGUUUCCUGAAUCUGCUAUAAGAAAUAUCAUGUAUCAGAUAUUGCAAGGACUUGCAUUUAUUCACAAACACGGCUUCUUCCAUCGGGACUUAAAGCCGGAGAACCUCCUCUGUAUGGGACCCGAACUCGUGAAAAUUGCAGACUUUGGAUUGGCCCGAGAAAUCCGAUCAAGACCUCCAUACACAGACUAUGUAUCUACCAGAUGGUACCGGGCCCCGGAGGUGCUCCUGCGGUCCACAAACUACAGCUCCCCCAUCGACAUCUGGGCCGUGGGCUGCAUCAUGGCAGAGGUGUACACCCUCCGGCCACUCUUCCCCGGGGCCAGUGAGAUCGACACAAUCUUCAAAAUCUGCCAAGUGCUGGGGACACCCAAAAAGACCGACUGGCCUGAAGGCUAUCAACUGUCAAGUGCUAUGAACUUCCGCUGGCCCCACUGUGUGCCCAAUAACUUGAAGACCCUGAUUCCAAAUGCCAGCAGCGAAGCAGUGCAUCUCCUGAGAGACACGCUGCAGUGGGAUCCCAAGAAACGGCCGACAGCUAGUCAGGCUCUUCGAUAUCCUUACUUCCAGGUCGGGCACCCCCUGAGCAGCACCACACAGAGCCUUCACGAUUCAGGAAAACCACAGAAGGACGGUCUGGAAAAGGCAGCCCCACCGCCUCACAUAAAGCCGGUCCCUCCUGCCCAGCCCCCAACCAAGCCACACACACGCAUUUCUUUGAGACAGCAUCAAGCCAGCCAGCCCUCUCAGCAUCUCACGUACCCCUACAAAGCCGAGGCUUCCAGGACGGAUCACCUUCCAGAGGACAAGCCAAGCCCUUUGCUCUUGCCAUCCCUCCACGCCAAGCAUCCCCAGGCAAGAAUUCUCACUGGCCUGGAGCACAAAAAUGGUGAGAUCAAGCCAAAGAGUAGGAGAAGGUGGGGUCUCGUUUCCAGGUUAGCAAAGGAUUCUGAUGGCUGGGCUGACUUAGAUGACUCGGAUUUCAGCCCAUCGUUCACCAGGAUUGACCUGAAAAACAAGAAGAGACAGAGCGAUGAGACUCUGUGCAGAUUUGAGAGUGUUCUGGACCUGAAGCCCUCAGAGCCCGUGGGCACCGGAAAUAGUGCCCCAACCCAGACAUCCUAUCCCCGGUGCGACACGCCCACCUUGAGGUCGACGGCCAAGCAGCACUACAUGAAGCACUCCCGGUACCUGCCUGGAAUAAAUAUAAGAAACGGCAUACUCCCGAAUCCAGGAAAGGAUUUUAUUCCAUCUAAUCCAUGGUCUAGUUCUGGUUUGUCUGGAAAAUCUUCAGGGAUGGUAUCAGUGAUCAGCAAAAUAAAUUCAGUUGGUUCCACCUCAACAAGUUCUAGUGGACUGGCUGGAAACUAUAUCCCUUCCUUUCUGAAAAAAGAAAUCGGUUCUACUGUGCAGAGGGUCCACGUGGCACCUAUACCUGACCCUUCCCCUGGUUAUUCUUCCCUGAGGGCUGUGAGACCUCAUCCUGGGCGACCUUUUUUCCACACCCAACCUAGAAGCACUCCCGGGUCGCUGCCCCGGCCUCCAGCCGCCCAGCCCGUGCACGGCCGGACAGACUGGGCUGCUAAGUAUGCAUCUCGGCGAUGA